UCCUGCUUCCUCCCUCGGCUCUUCGACAACCUGCAAAGAAUCCCCUCCAUAUAAAAUAUCACUUUCCUUGGAAUUCAUCCGCCUUUUAUACGCGCGUGUGGCCUGGGGAGAGAGAGAAGGGAGAGAUGUCAUCGCGGUCAGCAGCGGUGGCGGGGCGAUGACGUUGGGGCUACCGGCGCUUCGCUCGGAGAUCUACGGCGGCGGCGCUGCAUUGCCAAUCAAGGCGGUCCGACGCCGUCCGAGGGCGUCAAUCUCGGGGUCGCGAGAGAAGGAGGCCAAUUUCUUCCGGCGGAUCUGGAGGACCCUUUUAGGGAGAGAAGUCGGGCUUUUCUUCCUGCUCUUCGUCUUGGCCGCCGCCUUCUUCUCUUUUGUCUUUCGCCUCAGCGAAGGUCAAGUUAGGAUGGAUAUGGAAUCCACAGCUCAUCAACACCCAGCAAGUAAUGAACCUGGGAUUCGGCAUUCUGGGAUAUACUGGCAGACAAAGGCAAUUCCCUCACCACAUCCCUGUGGAAAUUUCUCAUAUCCUCCUCCACCACAUGAUAAGAAGCGUACUGGCCCACGAUCUUGUCCUGUUUGUUAUGUUCCUGUGGAACAAGCAAUGAAUUCCAUGCCAACUUCAUCAUCAGUAUCACCUGUCCUUAAGGAUCUAAAUUAUAUCAUUGAGGAAAACUCAGUCAAAAAAGAAUCGAAAGGAGGCUCCACAUUUGGUGGACAUCCGACUCUGCAGCAGCGGAAUGAGUCCUUUGAUAUAAAAGAGUCAAUGACCGUGCAUUGUGGAUUUGUUAAGGGAAAAAAACCUGGAUGUGGUACUCUGUUUGACAUUAAUGAUGCUGAUCUUCUUGAGAUGGAGCAAUGUCAUGGAAUAGUUGUUGCCUCAGCUAUAUUUGGAAAUUAUGAUAUAAUGCAACAUCCCAAAAAUAUAAGUGAAGCUUCAAAGAUGAGUGCAUGCUUUUACAUGUUUGUGGAUGAACGGACUGCGGCCUACAUAAACAACUCAACAGAACUGGACAGGACAAAAAGAGUUGGGCUGUGGAGAGUGAUUGUUGUCCGGAACCUUCCCUAUGUUGAUCCAAGGCGUAAUGGAAAGGUUCCCAAGCUUCUACUUCACAGACUUUUUCCUAAUGUACGAUAUUCAAUAUGGAUUGAUGGAAAGCUUGAGCUUGUUGUGGAUCCCUAUCUUAUACUAGAGCGAUUCUUGUGGCGUGAGAAUGCCACUUUUGCAAUCUCUAGGCAUUAUAGACGGUUUGAUGUUUUUGAGGAAGGAAAGGCUAAUAAAGCUGCUAAAAAAUAUGGUAAUGCCUCCAUUGAUGCACAACUCGAGUUUUAUAGAAGAGAGGGUUUGACUCACUAUUCUCCAGACAAGCUUCCUAUAACAAGUGAUGUCCCUGAAGGCUGUGUAAUACUCAGAGAACAUAUCCCCAUUACCAACCUCUUCACAUGCCUCUGGUUCAAUGAAGUUGACCGUUUUACUUCAAGGGAUCAACUUAGUUUCAGCACGGUGAGGGACAAAAUAAUGGCUAAAGUAGAUUUGAAGCUCAACAUGUUUGAUGACUGUCAAAGACGUAACUUUGUUAAUCAGGUAUAUCAUAAAGAUGUGAUGCAACAAAAAAGCAGUCAUCGUCCACCGGUAUCAUCUAAUGAAUCAUCUGGUAAGUCACAAUCAGACAGGACCACAAGAUUUCAACAGAGGAAGCCAGUUGGAAAUGGGAGGUAUAAGAAACCACGUUCGGGACAUCGACACCCCAGCAGCAACACAUUGUAGAUUGUUCCAAUACAUUUUUUCAUGUUCCAGGGUGCCUAACCACAGAUCAAGGUGCAUGGCAAUUGCACUUCAGCAGGCGUGGAAUUGUUAUUAUCUUAUCUUCUUUUUUUUGGUAAUAAGCUGAUUCAAAAUAAACUGCAUACAAGCUGAUUAAAGGAAAACAGGUUUGUUAUUUUUAUUUUUUGUUUUCUUUCGCUGGAGGCAGCGAGGGUGUGGAAAGGGUGAGAGGAUGGAGCUGCAGAUGUUAAGGUGGGCGUGCUUAGGCAAACUUGAAUUGUCCUCAGCCAGAGGUCAUGUAAUUUGUACUGCAAAGAAAAAUAGUUCUUAGCUCUUUUUGAAUAUACCACAAACAAACUCCUUCCAAGUA